AUGGAUGACUUCGUCAAACGUACCCUUGAGGCCUGGGGACUGGGAGAAUUGAUUCCAACUUUUGAAGCUCAAAAAAUCGACAAGGAGGCGUUUUAUCUACUAAACUCCAACUGCCUCAGCUCAGUCAUUCCCUUUGUAGGACAAAGGGUGAAGUUUGAAAACAAAUUGAAAGAAUUGCUGGAGGAUAUACGUAACAUUCUGGAAAAAAGUCCAGAUGGACGAUCAAUCGUGUUCAACUUGGACAAUAAUAGUCUGAUUGGACUUAACGAGCGGAGGUCAAUGGUGCGAAUUCUCGUAUCUCAUUUGAUCGAACGAUUUGGAGAAAACCCUAGCUCACGACUGAAGGCUGCCUUAGCGGUUGCGGUGGUGGACCAGUUUCCAUCCCUUAAAGAUACCCAGGGCACUGGUUAUGACGCAUGGUACACACCAGGGAGGCACCACAGGCCUGCCACAGGUUUUCUGGAAGAAAGACUCCGUAAUGUGCGUAAAAGGUUGCGUAGGGGCUCACGGACUUCGCAAGAAGUAUCAGUACCAACUACCAUUGUCGUGUCCGUUUUGCCAGAAGACACUGUGACUCCAGAGGAUGCUGUACAAAUGUCAAUGUGGCUCAAAACCAACCUGUGGCCUCAGAGCCAGGUAGCAGAUUUUAUGAAAAAGACAGCUGGUUACAGAGCCAGGUGGAUUCGGGCCAAUGGGUCAAAGGCCAUAGCUGACAUAAUUUCGGAAUUCCCUCGCCUGGUGGAUACCCCUGGCAUGAUUUCCCAGGAUUUUGAAUUACUUCAUCCUGAUGCGUCCCGAAAAAUGGACAAUUGGUGCAGUGGGUUUGCUGAAAAAAUCAUUCAGAUGGCUCAGCAACAACAAAGAAAUCCAAGCCUGGAAUACCUGCCUGCAGACAAACGUGGUGACGUGGCAUUACAGUUAUUGCCAAUGGUAAUACCGCCCUAUCCUUACAAAGAGGGAAGAAAAAUGGUGCGCCCAUCCAUACAGGAGUGCAAAUCUGCAUUCAUUGACACCCAGCCUGUUGGUACAAAUAUGGCAGAAUAUUUGACGAACACUCGAAUGGAACAUCCAUUUGUUUUAAUGUUGGGUCAUGGUCAUGACUGCUCACAGGCAUUUUCUAUCAUAAAUGGCCAAGCUUUAACACAUUCAACUCUUUUGGAUGCUGUCGACAUGUGCUUCAAAGCAUAUUAUGUUUUUGACCUGAAGUACCCCAAUGCCUGUGCCCAAGUUUAUGAAUUUUUACAAACCGUUUAUGAAAUCCCUGGUGCAGUGCGACCAACUGUUCAAGUUCUAAGGGCACAAUUUUCUGCAGCCGUUUAAGUCAGCGUGUGUUAUCUGAAUGGUAGUUGUUGUCUUUGUAGCCGUUUAAGUUAGAGGCUGCGUGUGUGGUGUUUGAAUGGUAGUUGUUGUCUUCGUGGCCGUUUAAGUUAGAGGCUGCGUGUGUGGUUUUUGAAUGGUAGUUGUUGUCUUUGUAGCCGUUUAAGUUAGAGGCUGCGUGUGUGGUGUUUGAAUGGUAGUUGUUGUCUUUGUAGCCGUUUAAGUUAGAGGCUGCGUGUGUGGUGUUUGAAUGGUAGUUGUUGUCUUCG